CGUAGACAUACAGCUAGAAUAGUUUCCUCAUUUCAAAUUUGCUUCGCAACCGAAUCACUUCCACAAUAUCAAAAAGAAAUCGAGGCAAAAUUCCAUCAAUCAUCCAUCGUAACAACAACCAUGCAGCAAAUAAUGAAUUCCGAGAUGAACUUGCCGGUGAUCUACACAAUGUCUGUGAUCGUCUUGCUGCUAUUGAUCCACACAAUUUUCUCAUGGCGACAACUGAAGCAAAUGCGGAACAAUUGGUCUCUGAUAGAGGCCUUCUGUCGAUUGGAGCCGGGUACCGUGUGCAGCAUUUGCCUUGAGUCCAUCACGGUGGGCGACACAAUUCUGGCCGAUCUUCAGCGUCUUGCCUGUGAUCAUUGGUUCCACAAGAUUUGUCUUCGCGCCUGGCUUAUUCGUGCCGCGAACUGUCCGAAUUGCCGACGUCACAUCGAUCUACCCAAAGAGCUGCCGGACUUAUUUCCCUCUGACUUUGACUUGGACGCUGGCAGCGACAAUGACAACGAUGAACUGGAUUUUUGAUAACUCUUCAAUUCAAUUUGUAUAACGCUUUCUUAU